AAUCUCUUUUUUAUUUAGAAAUUUUUAUCCUUCAGAGGCUUUCUUGCCUUCUAUUUUUGUUCGAUCUGGCUAAGAUACUUGAUCUGUCUGUAUAUUUUCGAAGGCCUAGUUUAGAUCUACUUUUAGUACCCAAGCCCGACUCAGAACUGUUGUUCCAAUUUACAUAAACCAUGUCGGACUUCCAGUCUUGUGUUGUUGAUGGGAUGGUUCUAACUUCUAAUGAAUCAAAUCCACUGGAGAAGCAUGUUGUAUCCUCUUAGAUUUGUAUGCUCAAUCUUGGGUCAUCCAGAUUCUUGGUUGUUUUCUGGGUUUGUGUAUGGCUAGCACUCUUGAGAAUACUGAGACUACUGAGAAUAUUACUGAGACUGCUGAGAAUAACGAGAUUAAGGAGGAUAAUGAGAUUAAUGAGAAUACCGAGAUUAAUGAGAAUAACGGGUUGCAGCUAGAAACUGAGAAUAACGGGUUGCAGCUAGUAACUGCAGAUGCCCAACCUAGCAAGCGUAGGAGAAAGAAGUCUGUAGUCUGGGAACACUUUACUGUGGAAAAUGUAAGUGCUGGAUGCACUAGAGCACUCUGUAAGCAGUGCAAGCAAUCAUUUGCCUAUAGUAAUGGUUCCAAGUUUGCAGGGACAAGCCACCUGAAAAGACAUAUUGCUCAAGGGACCUGCCUUCGCCGGAGAGAGGGAAGAAACACUCCACACACUCAGCUGACGCCAUAUACACCUGAAAAUGGCGUGUCUGGAAGUGCUUCUAUUCCAUCAAGAAAACGUCGCAGAGGAUCUUCUUUCACCCCAGUUCCAUUUGAUCCAGAUGUUCCCCGUCAAGAAAUUGCAAAGAUGAUUAUAAUGAAUGACUAUCCACUUCACAUGGUAGAGCAUCCUACUUUUGCAUCUUUCAUCCGGACACUCCAACCUCAGUUUAACAUGGGGAAUUUCAGCACUGUUCAAGGAGAUUGUGUGGCACUGUACCUUAGAGAGAAGCAAAAUCUUGUGAAGCUACUAGAAGGACUUCCUGGGAAGAUCAGUCUUACUGUGGACAUGUAUAUGUCGAAUCAAACUCUGGGUUAUGUUUUCCUCACGGGACAUUUCAUUGAUAAAAACUGGAAAUUGCACAGACGGAUUCUUAAUGUUGUCAUGGUUCCGUCCCCUCACAGUGGAGAUGCUCUUAGUCAUGCAAUUGGAGUAUGUCUCGGUGAUUGGGGUUUGGAAAACAAGCUAUUUUCCAUAACGUUGAAGAAAUCCAUGUCAAGCGACACUAAUACAGCAAGUCUCAGAGGUUACCUCUCUAUCAAAAACCCACUUAUACUGAAGGGUCAGCUUUUGAUUGAGCAUUGCUAUGCGCAUGUUUUAAGCAGCAUGGCAACAGAUGCAUUAAAUUCAAAGCAGGAAGUAAUAAGCAAAGUGAGGGAAAGUGUAAAAUAUGUGAAGACAUCCAUGAUUCACGACGAAAUGUUCAUGGAACUCAAAGAACAACUUCAAGUUCCAAGCUCAAAAGAUCUGAUCCUGGAUGAUAAAACACAGUGGAACACAACGUAUCUCAUGCUUGUAGCAGCUAUGGAAUUAAGGGAAGUGUUUUCAUGUCUGGACACUGCUGAUCCAGAUUAUAAAAUAGAACCAUCCACAGAUGAAUGGAAACAAAUCGAGACUCUGUGCGUCUACCUGAGACUUUUCUACAAUGCUGCAAAUAUGUUGACAGGUACUUCGUAUCCAACGUCUAAUCUCUACUUCCACGAAGUCUGGAAAGUUCAUCUAGAGCUCAGCCAUGCAUCCAAUAGUGAAGAUCCGUCCAUCAGCAAUCUUACAAGGCCACUAAAAGAAAAGAUCGAUAAAUACUGGAACAUGUGCUUCCUUGUUUUAGCAUUUACUGUGGCUAUGGAUCCUCGAUUCAAGAUGAAACUUGUUGAGUUCAGCUUCCAGAAGAUCUAUGGAGAGGAUUCUGCCAAUCAUUUGAGGAUCGUCGAUGAUGGAAUUCAUGAACUCUUUUCUGAAUAUGAAAUGCAACCUUCUGUCCCACUAACAGCCAAUGAUGAACACGAUGGUGGAGAAAUGGUCAAGACUGAAGAAGGAAUGCAGGUAACCUCCGGGGGGCCCCUUCUCUCUUGUGAAGAUGAUCUUUUGGACUUUGAUAUGUUCAUAUCAGAGAUGUCCAGCACUCAACAAACAAAGUCUGAACUGGAUCAGUAUUUAGAGGAGUCUUUAUUGCCCAGGGCAAUGGAUUUUGACAUCUUGAGUUGGUGGAAAAUAAAUCACCUCAAGUACCCCAUACUCUCCAGGAUGGCUCGUGAUAUCUUGUCUAUCCCGGUUUCAUCUGUUCCUCCUGAAUCUGUAUUUUUCACUGGAAUUAAAGAGCUGGAUCAGUACCGAAGUUCACUGCGACCUGAGACAGUGGAGUCCCUUAUUUGUGCAAAGGACUGGCUUAAGUAUGCAGCGUCACCAGAAACAGUUGUCACUUCUAAUGCGUUGGUGAAAAUGGAAAUAUAGUGUGUGAUAUCCGAGCUUUGCUAGUAUAACAUAGUUAGUGUUGUUUUGUCUUCUGUUUUAUUAGUAAGAGUGCUACCUUCUGAGGUUUGUAUUAUUAUUAUUGUUAUUUUUAUGGAAUGGAAUUUGUUUUUA